AUGUUUCGGAAUCAUGGAAGAUUUUCCUUGGAGGAGUUUGAUUAUAAUGAAACGACCGACCAUGAUAAUACAAUAUGCUAUCCGUGCUUGCCGCGGAUGGUUGAUCGUGCAACCGCGCAAGCCGCCAAUCGUUGCGCUAAAGUUGAAAUUGCCGGUAUUACCGGUGGCAAAGGGCAUUACGGUUACAGUUUGAACAUGGUUUAA